UAUCGAAUAGUUCUGAAGAAGUAACCUAAUACAAUAUGUUUGUCCUCGCAGACACAUUGUCGGUGCGCGUGACACUGAGGUCCUCCAGUGUGUUUGUAAGUGAUUCUCUGUAGCAACCAGCAAACAUGCGCUCCGGAGGGCGACCCGGUUCAGCCUCAAACGGGACCAAGAUGGAGAAAUACGCCCCUCAAUUCAGCAAAGUUCUGCUGACACCUGAACCGCAUUAUAUACCGGGGUACACUGGGUAUUGCCCACAGCUCCAGUACAAUAUGGGGAAGGCAUAUGGCCAGCUCACAGCGGAGCUGCUGACCAGUCCUGAUGUGCAACGCUCCAAUAGGCCGGUCCUCCAGACGGGUCACAUCCCCUCCACAGAGUCGGACGUUGGUCUGACACUGAGAAGCAUCCCUGAAUGUAACUUUAAGAAGAUGAUACCAGGAUACACAGGCUUCAUUCCAAAAAGACAGAACUACUUUGCCUGCAGUUAUUCUGAAACAUGUCGUAAAGCACUGUCUGAGUUUUACCAGGACGAGUGUGUGAAGAUCCAACGGCAAUCAACAGACCUGCCGGCUGUUGGAAAGUAUAACAGCCAACAGUUUGAAAGACCGAGACCCCCCUUGACAGCCAUCUCUAACAAAGGGGUUACCUGCAGGCCCUUGAAGUCCUCCACCCCCACUGGGAAACCAUACUCGAUGGAUGAUGAUAACCCGCACAAGUACUUUAUUUCAGGUUUUACAGGGCAUGUGCCAAAAUCUCGCUUCCUAAUUGGAAAAGGUUUCCCCGUCACCACCAACCAGGCACUGAUCCAGUUUGGGAAGCAGCAGCGGACUGUCCUCACGUCACAAGGCAUCCCAGGGAGGAGGGAUAGUACAAUCUCUCCCAUGCCCACUAUCUAUCCAUCAAACCGUGGCGUGGUGCCGUCAUUCACCGGACACAUACCAGGAUACAAGUUUAUGUACGGACAAACCUUUGGCCAACUCUCCAAGAAUGCACUGGAACAGAGCGACAUCAAGAGGAGGAUUCAGACAUAGGAAAUAACCGUGAGGUUGAAUGCACUUAUUGUAAGUCGCUUUGGAUAAAAGCGUCUGCUAAAUUACAUGUAAUAUUAAUGUAAGAUACACUUCAAAUAUAAUAAUCAUUGUGAGUCAAAUAUGACAACGUAUCAAGAAGUUCUUACAAAAACAUGAAACGCAUAAAUAAAGAUUGUUACUGUG